CAUUUCAUGAGUGGGUUGUUUUAGCCCUGGUGUUUACUAACUUACGGGGUGUUUUUGGAACUACUGCAUAGAGUAACUUAAGUAAGUAGCAUCAUGUAAAAGAAUGAGCCUUGAACUCUGUCACAGCUCUGCUCACAACUAUCACUCAUUGUCUUAGAGAUUUGGAGACAGUAGGAUUGCUUAGCAAACUCAGGCAGCUAGCAAGCGGUGUGCUGUGUAGCAGUGCGCAGAGCCUCCCAGCCUCUGCCUUCAGAUCCGUGCACUGAUUGAGUUCCUGUGAGUGGGAAUGGAUGAGGUGGAUCAAGGCGAUGUUGGCUCCCCUGCACAGUCUGUUAGCUUUUGUGGCUGUGCAUUUCUCCUCGGUUAUGAGCUAGGAGUUAUUCAGGCCCUGCAGGAAUUAGCACCUGAGAUGCUGGGAUCAGCAGCCAAAUUCUUUGGAAUAUCGAGCGGAGCAAUCGCAGCUGCAGUAUUGGCGUGUGGUGGCAACAAAGAAAUUGUGGAUGAAUUUUACUAUGCAGUAAUGGAGAAAAAUAAGAAAUCACUCCUCGGCCCCUUCUCUUCAGGUUCCAAUUUCUUUAAGCUCUUGGAAAAGGGAUUGUACAAAAGCCUAAAAGAAAACUGUCACCAGCUGGCCUCCGGGAGGCUUCAUAUUGGUCUCACACGUCUGCCAGAUGGCCAGAAAGUUGUAAUUUCAGACUUCUGCUCAAAGGAGGAGGUCAUUCAGGCAGUGCUCUGCAGCUGCUUUAUUCCUUGCCUAUGUGGAUGGAUCCCUCCUUCCUUCCGAGGCGUGCGAUAUAUUGAUGGAGGAUUCACGAGCCUGCAUCCUCUCUCUGACCCAGAAACUACAAUUUACGUAUCACCAUUUGCAGGGGAGAAUGACAUAUGUCCAAGAGAUUGUCCAGCUGCUUUCUACACUAUCAAGGUCCUUGACUGCAGUUUUCAGAUCUCAGUUGAGAACCUGUGCAGGAUGUCCUAUGGCAUAUUUCCUCCUUUAUGGCUGGACAUACGUGAAAUAUAUGAACAAGGAUAUCGUGAUACCGUUUUCUACCUGCAAAUCAACAAGGAACAUGGAACAGUAACCAGAACAUCAAAGAAGACUUCCCAUGGGCAGCUGCAGCACAGGCUUCCAGAUGUCCAGAAGAACAGGAAUUUAUCUGGAUUGCUGCAUGCCUUGGCUGAGAUCUUCUUGCAGAGUUUCUGGAAUUACAUCAAAUAUCUGCAAAAAAGAUAAUUUUGUCUGCAAAAGCCUAAUGAAGACUGAAAGGGAAGUUUCAGGAGGAGGAGAGUUCUUAUAUUGGUGGGUAUGGAGAGGGAGACAUUUAGGACUGUGCAUUCUGGGUUAUCCUCUAAAACCUUGCUAGAAUAAGUUUUCAGGAAGCUGCAAUGUAUACACAAUAGCUAAUUACAUGAUAUAACAACUGUUUUAUUGAUGUUCAUUUGACGUGAAGAAUUCAUUUGUGGUUUUUGCCACACAGAAGUCAUGUAUGUAACCACUAAUCAUGAUAUUAAAAAAUUUACAGCACCAUACAGUUACACUACCUAUAAAGUAUUAAUUUGUACUGCUGUUUUUCAUGGAAACAUUUAAAAAUGUGUCAAAGGCUAAAAUGUAGUUUCAGCUGAAAUGUUUGUGUUGUCAAGCAUACAAUUUUUAAUUAAAUAAUUUUCUAAGGAAAUCAAAUGCAUAUCAAAAAACUAUUAGCUGAAACCCCAUCUUUCCUGUAGCCCUUAACAUAACCACCACCAAGUUUGUUAUUCUGUUCCAGACUUUCAUGAAUUUGUCUGCAUCUUUAUUGAAUUGCAGUGGACACAGUACUCCUGGUGAGGCUUUACCAGUGCCACAUAAAGUGGAAGAAUUGCUUUUGUUGACUUCCAAGCAACACUUCUGUGUUAUUCCUAUCCAGUAUGCCUUUGGCUUGUCUCACAAUAAAAGCACAUGGUUGGCUCAUUGUCAACGUAUGCUCUACCCUAAGCCUUAGAUCUGUUUUUGCAAUACUGAAGCCUGCUUAGGCAUUCCUCUAUAUGUAUCCGUUCAUGCAAUUGUUCUCUCCUAAGAGUAAAGUUUUGCACUUGUCCUAAUUGAAUUUCAUUUGAUUAAUUUCAGACCAGUUGAUCAAGAACACCCUGAAUCCUCAGCCUAUACCUCAGGGCAUCUGCAAUUCCAUGCAGCUCAAUGUCAUCUGAAAUAUUAAGGAACCCUGCCUGAUGGUUUUUUUUUUCCAUAAUGUAAUCUUGCAGACCUGGUUUAUGAUCUCUAAGUGGUUGUGGCUGACUAUACUGUAAUUGUAUGCUGUUCAUAAUGGGCUACUCAUUGUGCAAGUCCAGACAAGUUAGUUUCAAAGGCCAGCCACCCUGUUCAUAGAUAAAGUCCAAAAAAAAAAAAGAGG